GGAAAUCCUGAAGCUGUAAUGGAGGGUUACACCACUUGUUUCUGAAGUACAGAAUCUGCGACUUCUCACACGAUCAGCAUUCUAAAUACGCAUCAGUGGUGUCUAUGGCAUUCAAUUCCACAAGUUGUGUGUCCCAAUCCACCUCGCAUAACCGAUUCUUAAUCAAGGGGCCGAGAACGAUCAGUCAGGUAACCAGACGAAGAAGCUGCAGCUGAUCAAAUCUCUCGUUAACAUCACAUAUGGAGAACCAGAAUUCAGACUAUUCUCUUCGAAUAAGGGUAGGAUGCACAUGCAUGGUCAGAACUGACAGAAAGAAAAAUGAUGAGAGAGUAGUAUGCAGUAGAAUACUGUACGCAGUCUAUCGGAUGCAUGAGUUGAGAUAAGUUUGGUGGGAAUGUUCAUGAACGCAAUUAUUACACAACCAAAAGGAAGAAAGAUAGAGUACAGUACUUGCGGGAAGAACAGGGUACUCAAAUGUAUAUACACACGAAGGAAACCCCUGGAACCAUACUUUUUCACCUGAUUUGGGUUAUACUCUAAUCCUGGCUUGAAAUGCAAAAUCUUGUAAUAAAGAAAUCGACCGUUCACCCUAAGCAUUCUUCACUGACGUAGGAACAAGUCAUUUCUGCACACUCCAGCACUCAGCAGAUCGAGAUGAUUAGGAAAUGGAACUUCUACUCGCUGCCAAGAGUAUGCCAAAAAUGCGAAUAUGCCAGCGAGAUGCUUCUGAAAGCCGUCUUUCUGAUGCACGCCAUUCGUGCACGAGGAAGAUCGGUUGUGAUGGUGAGACAGCCAGACGUUCAGCAAGUCUGCGUUAUCCGCCCUGCAUGGCGAAUCCGAGUCCUUUCCACACACUGAACCGAUGAGGGCGACAUUCCUGGAAAAGUUGGCUGGCACAAUUGGAUGUCCACACACGAGGAUCCAAGGGUUUAGGGUUUGCUCCCUCCAGCUCUGUCUCUUUCAUUUCGUUCGAGAGCGCUCAAAUGUGACUUUCAAGGCUCCAGAGGUCGUUGUUAUAUUUAGUGAAAUGGACCACAUGGAGUGCUUGUGGACUGCAAAAGCGAUUCAUUUACACUACGCUCUGCCAGGCAUUGCUUUUUGGGCGGAAGUUGCCAGAGAAAGUGUCGAUUCUCUUUCCUGUGGUCCUUCACGGAGCUUCGUUUUCAGCUUUCGGUCUCUUCUUCCUUUUUUCUUGCUUUUAGAUGGUCUUUGUCUGGUGUCCCGUGUGGACCUUGGACUCCGAUUGAUUUAGGUUCCAUUUCUGCUUGAAUGAUUGUGAAUUUCUUUGCUUCCUGGCCAACCAUGGCAGCGGGUGCCAAGCAGAAAGAUGGAGAUAUAUUCUUCAAAGGGUGCACUUUAUUUACAGAACUGCCUUCUUCAUGACAUGUACACAAACUUUGCCGAGCUUAAAUGUAUAUGAUUGUAGACUUGCA